AUGGAGUCUACACUAAUUUACCGGCUUUCGGAUGAGCUCAAGAAGAAGUGCAAAUUGAUCAUAUUGAAGCUCAACCCGCAGACUUCAGAGCCCAGAGCGUCCAUUGACUCAGAAAGCCACACGCUACAUUAUCUGAUCGUUGACACCAUUAUCUAUGUGUGUAUUACUACCAGCAGUUUCCCGAAAAAGCUUGUGUUUUCGUAUCUGGCUGAGAUCUCUAACGAGUUCAGUCACAUUUACGCUAGCGAGCUGUCCAGACCCGAUUUGAAGCCGUACCAGUUUAUUCAGUUUGACUCGUUCAUCAGCAAGACGAAAAAGAUCUACGGCGACUCCAGAGCCCAAUCCAAUCUGGACAAGCUCAAUACGGAGCUGGUUGAUGUGAAAAUGAUUAUGAACAAGAACAUCGAGGAUCUGCUCUACAGAGGCGACUCGCUGGACAAACUCCAGGAUCUUUCCGCCAAUCUGAAAAACCAGUCUCAGAAAUACAAGAAGUACGCCGAAAAAAUCAACUUCCAGCUCUUGCUCAAGCAAUAUGCGCCGGUGGUGCUGAUCUCGCUCUUCAUUCUCUUCAUUAUCUACAGAAUUAUAUUUUGA